AUGUUCGGUUUCGUCCUCGUCUGCUUCCUUUCCCUUGUCCGCGCCAACGACGUCAUCCCCGACUGCACCCGCACCGCCACGGUCGUCGCCGGCGACACCUGUGACAAGAUCUCUACUCGUUACGGCGUCUCGACCUUCCAGCUCGCGCUUGUGAACACUCCCGAGAUCAACGAGAACUGCGACAACCUUAUGCCCGACCAGGUCGUCUGCCUGGGUGUCGCGGAUGAGGACUGCACCAAGGUCUACACCGUUGUUGAGGGCGACACCUGUGACUGGAUCCAGGAGAUGUACGGCAUGGACGCCAACACUCUCUGGAGCAACAACCCCCAGAUCAACGCCGAGUGCACCAACAUUUACACCGGCGAGGUCCUCUGUGUUGACACCGACUGCUUUGACUACCCCGAGUUCAACCAGACGGCGUUUGACGUCGUCGCCGAGACCUACGUCCCGUUCUGUGACGAGAUCUAA